AUGAAGCUGACGGACGACGAGAAAGCUCUUAUCCUUCCCCUCUGGGAGAAGAUGGCACCUGAGGCUGGUUCGCUGGGAGCUGAGGCUUUUCAGAGGCUUUUCCUGUCAUUCCCUCAAAAAGCCUUAAUUUUCCAAGGCUGUGAUAUAAGCCAAGAUUCUCCUUAUCUUUUUGCUCUUGGAGAAAAGUUUAUCAACGCUCUAGGAGAUGCCAUCAAGAACUGGGACAACCUUCAGGAAACGAUGGCAAGUGUCACGGACCUGCAUGUGAACCGUCGUAUCAUGCCUGACGACUACAUGCUCCUUUCUCAUUGUCUCCAAGUAACUAUCGCCGGUCACUUUCCUGACGACUUUAACAUCAAAGCGAAUGCUGCGUGGAACAAGUUUCUCCAGAUCGUUUCUGCUGUCUUGAGUGGCAGGAAAGUCUGA